CCUUCCUCUGGAGGUCCCUCCCUUCGAAGGCGGCCUCACGUGGCCGCUCCGCCGAGUGCACUCAGUGCCACUUCCUCGUCGGGGGUUCGCCGCUUCAGGGACGCUGUGAUUUAGUGAAAAGCGUUCUGUGUUAACGCGAGGAGGCGGACGGAGGAGCGCUCGAUGAACUGGAAGGGAACUGAGCUGCGGGACCGGGUUUGCGUCGUGGAGGAAUAAGAUCAACAGAUUGGAUCAAGCAGCCGCAAUGUGCGUCCUCUGGAUAAUGUCACGUCACCACUGGGAGUCAGCAGGAUGUCCCACAUCUAUCAGACUAGAAACUUUCUCAGGAGGACUUUGACUUCCCGGGGACCACGUGACCUUCUGUCUUCUUUUUGUUAUUUCAUGUCGUCAGACACCUCCAGCCGACAACAAACUCCCCUGUUUGUGUUGCUCCUCUGCAGCUCAGUCUGGCUUAGGUGGUUUGUCAAAUGUCAUGAACACACCCAGGGAAGUGUGUUUGAAAGGGAGGCUUCGUGGGGAACAAGACGCCCACAUGCUUCAGCAUCAUUUCCAGUUUCCCCUGAAGAGGAAUUUGGCACACCAUUGUGAUAAAAGGGAUGAAUGAGGGCCGCUCUGCUCUCUUCAGAAGGUGCCACCUUGCUUUGUCCAAGGCCGACACCGUUGGUUCGGUUCCUGGCAGAAAUGCCGCCUCUGUGGACUCAGGAGACGGCGCGGCCCCUCAGCCCGACGGCGACGCAGCACUCGGCCUCUCCGAGCUCUCUCACUUGUUCGAGAACGACGACGGCUCCCCGUCAACUCAGGACACGAGUGGCGGCUCGGCCCCGGAGCUGGUUCAGCCCGGCCAGCCGGCCGAGGGCAGGCAGAACCUUCGGAUGAAGUUCCAGGGUGCUUUCAGGAAGGGCAUUUCCACCCACAUGGACCUCCUGGAGUCCACGAUAUACGAGUCAAAUGUGGUUCAAGGUCCUAAGAAAGCACCCAUGGACUCGCUCUUUGACUAUGGCACCUGCAGGAACACCAGUAACCAGAAGCGGCGCAGGAAGAAGCUCCCGAGAGGUAAAACCGAGGCGUCCUGUGAUGACGAUGGUCAAAGCUCCGACCCGCCAAAAGUAAUGAAAGUAUUCAACCGCUCCCUCCUCUUCGACGCCGUGUCGCGCGCAGACCCCGAGGCUCUCGAGGGCCUGCUGGAGUACCUGCAGAGUCACGAAAAGAGGUUAACGGAUGAGGAGUUCAAAGAGUUGUCCACGGGGAAGACUUGUCUGCCUAAAGCGCUGUUGAACCUUUACGGGGGGCAGAACGUCACCAUCCCACUGCUGGUGGACGUAGCGGAGAAGACCGGAAACCUCAGAGAGUUCAUAAACACGCCCUUCCGGGACGUCUACUACAGAGGCCAGACGGCGCUCCACAUUGCUAUAGAGCGACGCUGUAAGCAGUAUGUGGAGCUCAUGGUGGAGCACGGAGCGGAUGUUCACGCCCAGGCGAGGGGACGCUUCUUCCAGCCCAGAGACGAGGGAGGCUACUUCUACUUUGGUGAGCUGCCUCUCUCUCUGGCUGCAUGCACCAACCAGCCCAACAUAGUGCACUACCUGACCGAGAAUCCGCACAAGAAGGCCGACCUGCGGCGCCAAGAUUCCAGAGGAAACACGGUGCUGCACGCUCUGGUGCACAUUGCGGACAACACUAAAGACAACACCCGUUUCCUCACAAAGAUGUACGACCUGCUGCUAGUCAAGAGCGCCAAGCUCUACCCGGACUGCAACCUGGAGACAGUGCUCAACAACGAUGGCAUGUCCCCCCUCAUGAUGGCCGCCAAACUGGGCAAGAUCGGGGUGUUUCAGCACAUUAUCCGACGUGAGAUCAAAGAUGAGGAAGUUCGUCAGCUGUCACGCAAGUUUAAGGACUGGGCAUAUGGGCCAGUGUACUCCUCCCUCUACGACCUGUCGUCUCUGGAUACGUGUGGAGAGGAACCGUCUGUGCUGGAGAUCCUGGUCUACAACAGCCGCAAUGAGAACCGCCACGAGAUGCUGGCAGUGGAGCCCAUCAACGAGCUGCUGAGGGCCAAAUGGCAGAAGUUUGCUGCAGUCACCUUUUAUAUCAGUGUGGUUUCCUACCUCAUCACCAUGAUCAUCUUUACCCUGGUGGCUUAUUACCAUCCGACGCAGGGAACGCCUCCGUACCCUUACACAACAUCCUCUGAUUACCUGCGCAUGGCAGGAGAGAUUCUCACCUUGGCAUCAGGAAUCUUCUUCUUCCUCACCAAUAUUAAGGACCUCUUUUUGAAGAAGUGCCCCGGCGUGAAGUCUUUAUUUAUGGAUGGAUCAUUUCAACUGCUGUACUUCAUCUACUCUGUCCUGAUUGUAGUCACAGCUGCUCUCUACCUGUCGGGCAUUAAAGCCUAUGUGUCUGUGAUGGUAUUUGCACUUGUCCUGGGCUGGAUGAACACUCUUUACUUCACCAGAGGCCUGAAGCUCACUGGAACCUACAGUAUCAUGAUACAGAAGAUUCUUUUUAAAGACCUUUUCAGAUUUCUGCUGGUGUACGUGCUCUUCAUGAUUGGAUAUGCCUCAGCCCUGGUGUCCCUGCUGACGAUGUGCCCUCCACCGGGCACCGAGUGUGAGGGGGGCUGUCCCACCUACCCCAAAUGCAGGGACCCAGACACUUUCAGUGCUUUCCUACUGGACCUCUUUAAGUUGACCAUUGGGAUGGGAGAAUUGGACAUGAUUCACGGUGCACAGUAUCCUGCAGUUUUCCUCAUCCUGUUGGUCACCUACAUCAUCCUAACUUUUGUCCUGCUGCUAAACAUGUUGAUCGCGUUGAUGGGGGAGACGGUGGGACAGGUGUCAAAAGAGAGCAAGAAGAUCUGGAAGCUUCAGUGGGCAACGACCAUCUUGGACAUCGAACGCUCUUUUCCAGUCUGCCUUCGCAAGUCUUUUCGAGCCGGGGAGAUGGUGACUGUGGGAAAGAGCUGGGAUGGCACGCCUGACCGCCGCUGGUGCUUCAGGGUGGAUGAGGUGAACUGGUGUCACUGGAAUCAGAACCUUGCAAUAAUCAACGAGGAUCCAGGCAAGAACGAGGUCUGCCAAGCCAAUGGGUUGCAGCAGGGUGUCAGAGCCUUGCGGAGAGAUCGCUGGUCCACAGUGGUUCCGCGGGCGGUGGAGCUGAGUAAGGGGCCGCGGCCUCGUGAUCUGUCAAUAGAGAUGGAGCCGCUGACGCCCAGGCACUGACGCCUGCAGAAGAGUUGAGCACUCCUUCUUACAAAGAGACAGCUGAGAAACCUUCAGGAGCCGUGAGGUCAUUUAACCAUCGAGGAUUUGGCCAAUAGCGACUAAUUAGCACAGAAAAGGGCAUAGUAAAUAUUACAGCAAUACAGAGGACUGAGCACACGGAAACACUGGAUGUACAAUGUUUUAAAGAAUCAGUGAUCUGAAAAACAUCCCAUUAAAACAUAUGAGAUACACAUUAUAAAAAAGUAUUAUUAAACACACCAUGCGCUGCAAAUAGUUUUAAACUUGUCGUGGAUCGAUCGAGAACUUAUACUAAAUAUGUCAGCAUUUCCAUUCUCAUUGUAAUCUUAUGGGAAACAGUCAACAAUGUUUUUUUAAUAGCUAACAGAAGUACAGUUACUGCUUCCAAACAAAAGCUUUGAUAGAAAUGCCAUCAACAGAGAUGCUCACAAUGGGAGGUACUGCGUCUGCAAAUCAUUGCAAUAAAUAUUGAUGAGCUUAUAGAA